CCUGAAUAGUUGUCAGUUCAAAGCGGUGAACUCUUGGGUCAUUCGAGACUUGCAAUCGAGACUUCACAUUCCUCUCACUCACGAUUUUACAAAAACAGGCUUCGCAACCCGUAUUCGCUGCUUGACAAAUCGGUGCGUAAUAUUCUACUCGUCCGUGUUACGAGCGAGUGUAAGCCGCUAUCGCCUUAAUCGACUUCACGCUCACCAUCAUCGUUACCAUCGCGUUCAGAUUUGUAAACACGACGCAGGUCGAGCAUUUAGACGAUGGCGAGACCAGUCAAUCCUUCCCAGAGCUACUCGUCGUCAGAGAGCGCCGCAGUGAUGGCAAUAGCUGCUUUCGUCGACCCUCUCUCAGCCAUCACUCGUAAAGCAGUUUCAGGCCCUCUCGCCUCAGUGCAACAGCAACAGCAACAACAGCGGCUGUGCGCGUCUGGCCCGCUAUUCCCUGAGGCUCGACUCGCUGUUUCCUCUUACGACCACGCCGCGAAUCAGCAAACGCAACAACUACAGCACCUCGCGGGCCCCGCGUCUUCUUUCGCGACAACGCCGCUCGCGGAGCUGUGGUGGGGGGUUGCGCCCUCCGCGGACGCCAUGGCCGUGGCGGAUGCAGUAUGGGGCGCGCACGCCGCGCAACACCAGGCAACUCUUGCGCCUCAUCCCGCUUCCCCCUCUUUCGCUCCCCCCUCGAACGCUCCCGUUGAAGGCACGGUAGCUGGCGCGGGAUGCUGGGAGUGGGCGGAAGCGGGGGCGAUGGCGGCGGUGGAAGACGAGGAAGAAGUAUCUUCAACUUACCGGGGAGACGACUCGUGCCCAAACACUCCCGGGUGCAACGGCGACUAUCCCGCUGCUUUUGCUGCUGCUAUCGCAAGCGGUUACGACUGCGGAAUCGUCAGUCCAACGGCGUUACCACCCGUGGCUGGCUUUCACGACGGCGCGGUUACAAUAGCGAAGUGCGUGUGUGGUGGGGAUGGGUACAGUAGCGCGCGGUGUCUAUGUGCGAUGGGCGUGCCGCAUCUCGCGGUGCCGCAAGGUUUCGACGUGGAGGGGUGGACGACGAGCUGCGACAGUGACAUGGACGACGACGUCGCCAGCGUCGAAGGCGACGAGGAGGGAAGCUGGGGGGAGAGCGAGUGCGGGCCGUGCGGGGAGGCUUCGCCGGGUGGCGGUGAUAGCUGGUGGUUAGGAUCUAGCACAGAUUGCGGGAGCAGCGCGUGUGGCGGCGGCUCAUGCGCUGUGGCCUGCUGAGGAAACGAAGCAUGCGAAUAAAGGAGUUCUAAGUUAGAGAGAGGGAGGCAACGGGCUCCAGUGAAACGCUGUCGCUCGUUCGCUUCUCCCUCACGUUACAAUCGUUCUUUUCAUCUCCUCGAGUCGCUGGCACACAUCGUUUCAGCGCUCGUAGCGGAUCCGUCGCUGAUGGAUGGGGGUCAUAGUGCAUGAUAAGCCGUGCACGCAGGAGAAACGAGCUAAGGAGCUGCCCUGGGUUUCUCCACUGUGGCUCUCUAGGUUCACAGCAGGAUUCCAAUGGUUUAUUGGAGUCCUUGGUUUCGUAUAUGCUUCAUGGUGGCUCCUUUGCACACUCGUUGUAUAACUCAAAAAACAAGAAAAAACACUUGUGGUUGAACUAGAAAUGAUUUA